GACCAUCCCGCUGCUGAUAAAGCAGCAUCCAUUGGGCCCUGGACCACUCAUUCAUCGUUGUGCGCGCAGCGAGCGACCAGAGUAGAGAGACGCUCACACCGCCGCCCACGCGUGUGAUUUGAGGUCUGCUACAACGACGACGUCUGUGCGCAGGCCGCUGUGAACUCCCCAAAGAUGUCCGUGAAGGUGAUCGCCCUGGUGCUGGUGCUGGGCGCCGUCGUGUCCGAGCAGCGUGUCCUCAUCGUGGAGGUGCCACCCUCAGAGCGGUUGCCGAGCCCCGCGGCCCCCGGCCCAGGCGCCCGGCUGGACGACGGUGAGCAUGGUCUGGACCGAGAGGCUGCACCUGGGCCAGCCACCGCCCAGCUGACCGUGCCCAGUGGAGACGUGGAGGCCCUCACCCGAUUCCUUCGUUUCCAUUAUAGAAGAUACCUGUUGAGGCUGUUCCCGCUCGAGCACGUGGACGGCGACGCGUACGGGGACAACCAGUGCGACCCGGACGAGUGCUACUCGCACUGCUACCUGCAAGGCUUCCGCAGCGGCAAGUGCAAGGAGAACAAGUGCUUCUGCACGCAGGCGCCACCCUCCUCCACCACCACCGUGGCGCCCCCGCCACUCAGAUGAGACGUAUCGGUGAUUCCUGUAUUAGCUUGUAAGGGACUUGAGAAGAUGGUCGUGAUCUCAGUGUGUGUGUGUGUGUGUGUGUGUGUGUGUGCUACUGCGUGAGUGUGUGUGUGUGGUGAAGGCAAUCCCUGCCCUAUCACAGCAAACAUUUUUCCGGGAACUUCCCGGUUGGAUUCGGGAAGUACAUUUUACGGUUGCUCCAAAUUUUAUAACAUGCAUAGAUAUGACGAAAAAUAGCAUCCGGAAAAUUACUUCCCGAAUUCAACCGGGAACUUCCCCGAAAUAUAUUUGCUGUGUAUCUUAUUUCUCUGAUACUGUUCACUGUUGCGCGCAGGGUCCUUUUUCCGUUACUGUAUUUAUUGAACUUGUCGCCGAGAUUAAACAGAAAAUAAAGAUAAUAAAGAAGAAA